GACCGAUCUCCUCCCCCCGCACGGAGCGGAGCGGAGCGGGGCCGCGCGGGGGCCGGCGGGAGCUGCGGCGGCGAUGGAGCCGGAGCCGGAGCCGGAGCUGGGUCCGCAGUUCGAGGAUUCCCUGUUCGCGCCCAGCCGGGAGCGCCGCUCGGGCGGCGGGGAAGGGGCUCCGUGCGGCGCCAGGCACUGCGAGCCCUGCUGGUUCCACAGCGCGGCCGACGGCGGGGAAGGCUCCGGCGGGGUCACGGGCAGCAAGUUCCGGGCGGACUGGGCGUUCCGGCAGCGGGACUUCGAGAAAGCCCUUUGUGAAUACUCAGACUGCUUGCUACUCUUACCUGCCAGCAACAUUGCAAUGAGACGGGAUGUCCAGGAGGGCCAGGCUCGGUGUUUAUCUCGCCUAGGAAGGCACRAGGAAGCUCUGGAUAUUGCAGAAAAAAUGAGAAACAGCGCUACUAACACAGAUCACUUAACAACGGUACUCAACCUGCAGUUUUCCAUUUACCAGGGUCUGGAAAAUGUAGAAAAAAAGAUCAUKUGUCUGCAGCAACUGAUCURCUUACAUCCUUUCAAUCCCUGGUUCUGGAAGUUACUUGCUGAAGCUUAUAUGAGYCUUUUACAGAAUUUUUCUCCAUUAGUCAUUCCAGAAGCAAAUCUAAAUCAGUCUGAAGAUGUUUGUGUAAGUAAUAGCAGUUUCAAAACAUCAACUGGCAGAGAGAUUAAUUUGCAGCCUUACAGAUCAGAUGGCCAGAAAGAAGGCCCUUGCUUCAGCCUUGCUGCAGAAACAAAGGGCGAGAAUGCAGUGACUUGUCCCAGCAGCCCAGUGGUGAAAGAAUYCCUUUGCACUUCAGGAGAACUGGAAAGGACGGACAAAGAGAAAUGUGCAGCCUCAAAGUCCUGGAAGCAGAACAUGUCAAAGAAASUUGGGAUAAAAGCAUGUGCCUCGUUUAUUAGAGCAAGGCUUUUACUUCAGCUUACCCAGUCACAACAGUCGUCCUUUGUGCUAGAGAAUAACAGAAAAGGUCAAAAAGAAAUUGAUGACAAAGUGGCUCGACUUGGUUUUGAUGAAAACUCCUUGCUGUUCAURACCAAAGUUAUGGGGCAGGAUCUUAUACCAGAAAAACUAAAAGAGGAGUUUCAGGGUGAGGUAAAAUGCAUAGGCCCUUCAGCACUGUCAUCACUGGUAACUGCUUCAGUCACGGAAUUUGAAAUCCAAUGGUUCGGUAAUCUUCAAGAUUAUUUAUGUCACUUUGAYAGACAAUUUUAUUCAGAUAUUUAUAUCCCACCUUCAGUAACCUAGAGGUUUUGUUGUAUUUAUUCUUAUAUCUCCAAAUUAUUAUGACACAUACAAUAAAGCCCAUGUUACAUUUUU